AUGGCCGCCGGCCGCCGAGCUCCCCCGGAGCCCGGCGGGGGCCCGGUGCUCCUCCAAGGCAUCUUCGGCGCGGGGCCGGCCCCCGGUGCCGCCGCCUGCUCGCUGUCGCUGACGGCCCGGGAGCUGCAGGUGCGGCGCCCCGGCGGCUCCCCGGGCGGCUCGGCCGGUCCCGACGCCGCGCUCCGCCUGGCCGACUGCGUGGGCUCGGCCGCCUUCCCCGCGGCCGCGGCCGCCGCCUGCUUCUCGCUCGUGUGUUACCCGCUGCGGGGGCCGCGCUGGGGGCCGCCCGCCCGCCAGCGCCUGGAGCGGACCUUCCGCGUCUGCCGGGGGCCCGACGCCGAGGGCAACCUGCGCAUCGCCCAGGCCUGGAGCCGCCGCAUCCGAGAGCUCGCCGUGCCCGCCGUGCCCGCGCAGGACGGUGACAGCUAUGGGGUACUGCCCCGGCCCUGCCGUGCUCUGGUGCUGCUGAACCCUCAGAGUGGCUCCGGCCGUGCCCUGGACGAUUUCCAGGCUGUGGUGCAGCCCAUGCUGGCUGAGGCUGAGAUUGCCACCACCAUCUUCAUCACGGAAAGACCCCACCACGCCCAUGAAAAGGUGCGGGAUGAGGACCUGUCGCAGUGGGACACGCUGGUGGUCAUGUCUGGGGACGGGCUGCUGUAUGAGGUGGUGAACGGGCUCAUGGAGCGCCCAGACUGGAAGGAUGCCAUGAAGAAGCCGCUGUGCAUCCUGCCAGGAGGCUCCGGGAACGCCCUGGCUGCCUCCAUCAACUACUAUGCAGGCUACGAUCACGUCGCCAAGAAGAAGCUGCUGACGAAUUGCACCUUCAUCCUGUGCAAGGGGCUGCACACACAGAUGGACCUGGUCUCACUGAGCACGGCCUCGGGCAAGCGCUUCUUCUCCUUCCUCGGCUUCGGCUGGGGCUUCAUCUCGGACGUGGACAUCGACAGUGAGAAGUACCGCUGGCUGGGCAGCGCCCGCUUCACCCUGGGCACCCUGCAGUGCCUGGCCAAGCUGCGGGUGUACCACGGCCGCCUGUCCUACCUGCCCGCCGGCCCCGAGCAGGGCAGCGCCCCGGUGCCCAGGGACCCUUCCUCACCUGUCACCAACGGCCAGGCUGGCCAUGUCCUGCCCCCAGCGGGGACCGGCGUGCCCACGUCCCUGCCCGCCGACUCGCUGCUGGCGCCGCUGGGGCAGCCGGUGCCGGCGCACUGGACCGUGGUCCCCGAGGAGGAGUUCGUCCUGGUCUACGCCAUCUACCAGUCCCACCUGGGCACCAACCUGCUGAUGGCACCCGCGGCCCGGCUGCACGACGGCUGCAUCCACCUCUUCUACAUGAAGGCCGGCAUCAGCCGCGUGGCGCUGCUGAAGCUCUUCCUGGCCAUGUCCAGGGGGACCCACCUGGACUUGAACUGUCCCCACCUGUGCUACGUCCCCGUCCGGGCGUUCCGCCUGGAGCCACGGGUGGCCGCGGGCAUCAUGACGGUGGACGGGGAGGCCCUGGCGUGUGAGCCCGUGCAGGGCCAGAUCCACGGCCGCCUCUGCCGCGUCGUCAGCGGCUCCUGAGCUCCGGCUUCGCCCUCCCUGCAGCGCUGAGCUGCCGGCACGGCCCAGCACGAGGGUGGCAGAGCCUUCCUCCCACUCAGGAACCUCCUCCUCCUCCCGUAGCAAUAGGUUCUUGGGGGCUGCGGGGCUCGUCCCCUCGCUUGCCCCCACGCUUAGCUUUACCCCCUCGGGGACGUCCAUCAGGGCUGUCCCAAACUUGAGCCACGAGCCCCAUCAGGUACUCGGUGCCGGCGAGACGCCAGCGUGUUUCAUCCUGGUACGAGGUCCCGGCCCCAGGCGGCUGCGCCGGCACAGCCCCGUCCCCUCCCCGGCUCGGACGCACACGGUGGCAUUGCUCGUGUCCCCGCCCGCCGCGGAGCCAGUGCCACCCCUCCCAGGGAUGGUCAGGACCAAUAGAUCUAAUAACAGGAAACCGACUUUUUUUUAAAGAAUGUUUCUACCCAAAGCUUCCUGUAGAAGCAGAGUUUAUUCUUGUGAUAAAUGCAAUAAAUAUCUAGCGUUUGCAAAAAAAAAAAAAAAAAAAAAAAAAAAUCCCCCUUCGGGGUUUAAAUCCGAGCUCAUGGCUGGUGUCAGGGGCAGGGCUGCGGUGCCGUCACCCUGGGCUGGGCUCACACGCAGAUGUCAGGACGGGUUUAGCUCAGAGCCGUGGCCCUUCUCUCCCUGGCAUCCUGGGGCCAGGACCAGCACGGAGCGAUGGAACUAGGGGAUGCUCCCAAGGCAGAUGCCGAGGAGGCAGGACGUGGGACAUUGCUGCCACCCACCCCGAUUUUUGGGGUGUGUCGAUGCCUCCCGGCUCAGCCUCACACUGUGUCUGAUCGAAUCCAGGGAGCUCAGCCCUGCAGUGACACUUGGGGACAUCUUGGGGAAAGUGCAGUGCCUCCGGGGGAGAGCAGGGAAAGGCUCAUAGAAGAGGUUCAGGGAGGGGGGUCGUUGGAGCCGAGGGGUUUGGCUCUCUGCCGGGAGCAGGGGCCCCGUGGGGGGCUCUCAAAUCCCCUGUCCCGGGCAGCGCGGGGCCAGCUGGAGCCCUGCGACAGGUCCCUGCCCGGGGGCUCGCCUGGGGGGGAUUACUCAGCCUGUUUGGUAUAAAAUUGCAAUAAUUAAACCUCAUUUACAGCGCUCAAGUACAAAGUA